AUGACUACCGGUACCACCAAAGAGUCCCAAGCAACCGUUCCCCUCAAAAAGGCCAAACUAACAGACGAAGCUGGAGACUGCGUCUCUUCCAAGGCUCGGCACAGAAUCGCUACUUCGGAUGACGAUGUUGCCCUGUUGAAUCGAUCCGAUGUCUGGGUCGAUAAUGUUCUGCCGUUUGUUGGCAUGGGAAACUUUGUGUAUGUUGCCAGUGUCAACUCCCGCCUCAAGCACUUGUACGAAGCAUUCUGUCGCGCACAGACGCAGCCUCCUCUGGUUCGUGACCACGAUGAAGACACCCUUCGCAACGCGACCAGCCAUGACACCACCCACCGCGCCGCCUUUGCCAAUGUACCCUCCGCCGAGUUUUGGGUCAAGGAUGAUGCUUCCGUCGACUCGCUUGCGAGUCAUGUCUGUCGAGGAGCCGCCAAGAUUGGAAGUUUGGACGUUUUAAAGUGGGCCCGUGAAAAGGGGUAUCCAUGGGAUGAAUCUACUUGUGCUGAAGCUGCCAAACAUGGUCAUUUAGCAACAUUGAAAUGGGCUCAUGAAAAUGGCUGUCCCUGGGAUGAAAGCACAUGCACACAAGCUGCCACAAGUGGAUAUUUGGAUAUUCUGAAAUGGGCUCACGGACAAGGCUGCCCUUGGGAUGAGUGGACUUGCGCUGCUGCCGCCGAGCAUGGACAGUUAGAAGUUCUCAUGUGGGCCAGGGAAAAUGGAUGCCCCUGGCAAGAAGAUACCUGCAAGAAAGCUGCUAGAAAUGGACAAUUGGAAGCAUUGAAAUGGGCUCGUGCCAAUGUGUGUCCAUGGGAUGAAAUGACCUGUGCUGCAGCUGCAGAGCGUGGUCAUUUGCAUAUCCUCCAGUGGGCCCGUGAGAAUGGAUGCCCCUGGGAUGAAAGAACCUGCACAGAGGCAGCUCACAAGGGUCAUCUGCAUAUACUCAAGUGGGCCCGUGCACAUGACUGUCCCUGGGAUACCAGAACCUGCUCGCUGGCUGGAUGUGGUGGCCACACAGAAAUCCUUGCGUGGGCCCGUGCAAAUGGUUGCCCUUGGGAUGAGGAGACCUGCGCAUUUGCUGCAUGUGGUGGUCGUUUGACAACACUCAAGUGGGCAAGAGCAAAUGGCUGUCCAUGGGAUGAGAGUGCAUGUUACAAGGCUGCAAGCAAGGGAGAAAUGGAUGUUCUGAGAUGGGCCAGAGAGAAUGGUUGUCCAUGGGAUGAACAUGCUUGUGCCAUGGCCGCAGCAAAUGGGCAUUUGGAGACUUUGAAGUGGCUACAGGCCAAUGGGUGUCCCUGGGAUGAAGAAGUGUGCAGUAGUGCUGCCGAGUGUGGAGAUAUUGAAACCCUUCGAUGGGCACACGAAAAUGGCUGUCCAUGGGAUGAAGAUACCUGUGCCGCUGCUGCCAAAGGUGGUCAAUUGGAGACGCUAAAGUGGUUACGGGCGAAUGGUUGUCCAUGGGACCAAGAUACUUGCGUCCAUGCAUCGCAGUUUGGACACAGCAAGGUUUUGAAGUGGGCUAUCGCCAAUGGCUGUCCAAAUGUGUGA